UUUAAUUAGUUGCUUAGUUUGUGCGUAUUGAUUGGUGAAAAUAAACUUUCUACAUUUUUCUUCAAAGAUUAUAAAUUGGACUACGUACACUGGGUGUGAGCUACACACAUUUUGAUUAUUGUGAUAUUGUGAUUCAAAAUUAAGUCAUGGGGUUCCAAAUUUUACUAUUGACGUAUUUCAUAGUGUCGUUGGUUAUUUUUCAACAUGGGAAUUGCCAAAGAGUUAACGUUGGUGGCGGUUUCGUUCAAAGAAAAGGUACUCAUUUUAUUCUGAAUGGAAAGACACACUAUGUGAAUGGAUUCAAUUCCUACUGGUUGAUGACAAUGGCAUCUGACCCAUCUACAAGGGUCAAGGUCACGUCCAAUUUUCAACAAGCUUCUCAACAUGGUUUAAAUGUGGGAAGAACAUUGGCUUUCAACGAUGGAGAUUAUAAACCUCUUCAGAUCUCUCCUGGCAAGUACGAUGAAAAUGUCUUCAAGGGAUUGGAUUUUGUGAUAUCAGAGGCAAACAAAUAUGGAGUGAAACUUAUACUGAGCUUAGUGAAUAAUUGGAAUGAUUUUGGAGGCAAAAAGAAAUAUGUGCAGUGGGCAAGAGAACGUGGUCAAAAUGUCAAAAUUGAAGAUGACUUCUUUAUUAAUCCUCUUGUUAAGCAAUACUACAAAAACAAUGUUAAGGCUGUGCUGACAAGAAAGAACACCAUUAAUGGAGUAUUGUAUAAGGAUGACCCAACCAUUUUUGCAUGGGAGCUUAUGAAUGAACCUCGUUGCAUAUUUAAUGACUCCGGAAAAUCAAUUCAGAAUUGGGUUGUUGAGAUGGCGGCCUAUGUCAAAUCCAUUGAUAGCAAUCAUUUGCUGGAAAUAGGACUUGAAGGGUUCUACGGUGAAACGAUGCCACAAAAGAAGCUAUUCAAUCCCAAUUCUCUUCCGGUUGGAACUGAUUUUAUCUCCAACAAUCAAAUUCCUCAAAUUGAUUUUGCAACCAUUCAUUUAUACCCCGAUACAUGGUUACAAGGCUCAAACGAGACAGCCAAAAGUGCAUUUGUUGACAAAUGGAUAGAAGCUCAUUUUCAUGACUCAAAUACUAUUUUAGGAAAACCCAUUAUUGUACAAGAGUUUGGAAAGUCUUCAAAGACACCUGGAUUUAGCAUAGCUAUAAGGGAUAGUUACUUUAAGAAAGUAUACAAUGCCAUAUCUAAAAGUGCUAUGAGUGGAGGCUCAUGUGCAGGUGGAAUUUUCUGGCUACUUCUGUCUCAAGGAAUGGAUACCUAUGGAGAUGGCUAUGAAGUCAUUUUUGAGAACAAUCCUUCAACUGCCGAGGUCAUCAAACAACAAUCUGUGACAAUGUCAAAAAUCAAAUAG